GGGUAAAUUUGUAGAACUAAGUGUCGAAUCGAGCAAAAAUGUUGGCACUGGCACAGUUGUGAAAGUCUACGGACCUAAUGAUAAAUUAUAUAAACGAUGCAUGCGUGUAGUCAUUGAUGAAGCAAUCCAUGAAGAUGCUCUUUUGCCUUAUCCAACAGAAGACUACGAAAGCAUUGGUGAUGCAGUGGGAUCACAUGUUGAAUGGCCUAUACGUCUUUUCAAGUUGAGAUAUGAGAAACCGAAAAAAGAAAAAGCACAAGAAAACAACAAGGAAACGAUAGAUAUUACAGCUCUUCCAAAGCCUUUGCGCAUGUUGUAUAUUUAUGGCAAGCGUUCGGGCAACAACCAUAUAACUAUUGAACUUGAUGAGAAUGUCUUCGGAGUUAAGCACAACUUAUAUGUAGACAUGGAAGACAUCGUGCCUUUCUGCCAGUUGAAGCCAAUAUCUUAUAUGUGUAUUGCUACCUACGUAUGCUUCCUACAAAGCAAGUUGAACAUGUUACCUUGGGCCGAUAUGGUUAGAUUUGUUGACCCAUUGAAUAUAGGCUAUAUUCCAACUACGAAAACGGAUGCAGAAACUGCGAAUGAGAAUAUGGAAUUUAGAGCACGAGAAUUGUCAAAAAGGUUGAUUAAUACAAAAAUCAAUCAAAUUUUCUUAGCUCCGUGUAAUGUGGAAUAUCAUUGGAUUCUUACGGUGAUUGACCCUAAUAAGGGAGAGAUUGCUAUCUUGGAUUCCCUCUACAAAGGAAUUCAUGAUAAAAUUUGGAAAGAAGUCGUGGAAUUGGCCUUAAGGUUGUUCAAUAUGGAGAAGAGAAAGAAUGGAAAGAAGAAGCCUGAUUGGACAGUACUGAAGUUCAAUGCUCAUGAAAAGUAUUCAAAUGAAGAGAUAGAUGUAGUGCGAUCAGAGUGGGCAGAUUGUGUUCAAGAAUAUAUAAAGGAGUAAAAGGAUAUGUAGUGGUGAUGGCAAAGAAGACAAUAUUGGAUGUAUUGGUUGAUGCAUCACAUUUUGAAGGAACGAAGGAGCAACAAGUGUUAACUCAUUUGAAGGCUAAGAUUCAAUUUAUUUGGUAGUGGACCCACAAAUCAUGUUUACUCAUUUUAGUUAUAGUUUUUGUUAGAAUUUAGCUUAAAUAUUAGUAUUUUGUAAUGGAAUAUGGUAGAAUUGAUUUGGACGAAUUUUAAUUGUAAUGAAUAUUGAAAUUUUAUAAU